UUUUCCGUUUCCACCCCGCCUCGCUACCUUGGCGGUUUCCACCCGCACCCGGCUCGCCUCCUAUGGCCUUUGCCUCCCCACGCGGCCCGCCGGCAUGCCUCCUCUCGCCGAGCACGAGCUCGCGGCCGCGGCCGCCACCUCCGCGCUCGGCGUAGCCUUCGGGGUGCGCCUGCUCGUCGCCCUCUCCCGCUCCCGCGCGCUCAAGCCGCUGGCGGCCGCCACGUCCGCCGCCGCCGCCGCGCUCCGGACGCCGCGGGCGCUCGCCACCGCCUCCUCCCCUGUCGCCGCCAUCCUAGCCGCGUCCAAGGCCGCCUCCAAGUCGUACAAGGCGGCACGCACGCUCGGCCCCGCCGCCGCGCGCCUCCCCUCGCUCCCCUCCUCCAAGCGCCUCAAGGCCGCGCUCGCCGCCGCCUCGCUCCUCCGCCUCGCCGCCGCCGCGCCGGCGGGCCUCCACGCCGCGUCGCCCGCGGGCGUCGCCGUGCUCGCCGUCCUCAAGUCCAGCUACAAGCUCUCCAAGAACACCUCCAAGGUCGUCGAGGGCUUCCUCGGCCUCCAGCUGCACAAGGGCUUCAGGAACGGGAUCGACGCGCUCGGGGUGGUCGUCAAGGUCGCCGUCAUUGUCUCUGAGGUCGCCGUCUGGGUCGGGGCCCGAUUCUGGGGUUAUGGGCGCGCUCGCUGCGUCAUGUUCCUCGGCUUCACCAGACCCACUGGCUUAGUCCUGCUUGGCUGUAGCAAAUCUGAGCCCCAGGUUGCACUAUUCGAUCCGGUUAUAGUUGGGAUGGAUGCUCAGGGGUGCGAAUUGGAGGAGCGAGGGCUCUCAGAAUUGUUCUCUCUUGCUGUGCCAGUGCCCCAGGCCACAACAUUAAUGACUAUGAGUUAGCCUUACCACAUAGCUGUUUGUACAUUUGCUUCUAUCAGAUGAUUUUUUGAUCCACUGCGUGCAACUAUAUUCUUGUAUAAUCAACAAGUGUGGGUGAACAAACUGUACAGCAAUUGAAGGAUCCAAAUGCAUUGACUUAAACGAUAAAAUCUUGUCUGGCAGAGCAAA